AGUAAAGGUCUACCGGGCAGUUUGCAGAGCCAAGUCUAAGAAGAGGAGCACAUUUAUCUGAAGAUGCCUGGAUUAUAUGAGAAGGUGACCCUAGUUGCAACAGCAGCAGCUCUGGUUGUCCUGGCCUCGGUGAGGUCGUCCCCAGUGGUGGGGCCCGAGCCCAUCCGCUGUGCCGCCUGUACGCAGGAGACACUCAACAGCUGUCCCGCUGUCCCAGAGGACUGCACUCAGGUGCUGAGGGAGCCCGGAUGCGGCUGCUGCAUGGCCUGUGCUCUGGAGAGGGGGGCUUCCUGCGGGGUUCACACAGCCCACUGCGGCCAGGGCCUCCGCUGCACCCCGAGACCCGGCGAGGCCAGACCGCUCCACGCUCUGACCAGAGGACAGGGGGUCUGCACCGUAGACCUGGGCCAAGAGGAAGGAGUCCCAGACCACGGCUCUCUGCACUACAUGCUGGGCCUCAACCUUCCCUUGGACCCCCAAGACACUACUGAGGGCCAGGAGAGCAUCAAGGCCAAGGUCAAUGCCAUCCUCAACAAGCUGGUGCAACAGUAUGCACAGGGUCCAUGUCACAUCGAGCUGCACGCAGCGUUGGACAUGAUAUCCAACUCGCAGCAGAAGCUCGGAGAGAAGUUCACAACUUUCUACCUCCCAAACUGCAACAAGCGUGGCUACUACCAGGCCAAGCAGUGUGAGUCAUCUCUGGUCGGACCGCCCGCUCGCUGCUGGUGUGUCUCUCCCUGGAAUGGGAAGAAGCUCCCCGGAUCAAGUGACCUGCUGGGCAACUCAGAGUGUCAUCAGGAAGUCACACUCUAGAGGAAGGACUCCGUCAUCACUCAUAAAACACACUGACAGGCACAUCUAGACACAAACAAAGUGUCUGAUGAAUUGACUUCCUUUCAUAAAAAAACACACUCAUUCACAUAAAAAUGUUAAAUCUUAUUUCUGAAGAGGGAAAUUUCCUCUCAUAUUAUUUACAUGAUGUAUGUAUCAAGCCUUAUUUAUUCUUACUAGCAUUAACCAUUUGUCAUUUUUAGAUUUUUUAUAUGUUUGCCUGUUUUUUUUCUCUCUUCCCGAUUGUAAAUAGGGCAACACUGUAUACAUUUGUGUUUCUCACUAAAUAACUCCAUUGCUCAAAACCACAAGUCCACAGCUCUGCCAAGCCCAUUUCAGAGUCUUCUGGAUCCGUUUUUUUUUUUUUUAUUCAUUCAAAACUUGGAGCUGUGCACGGCACCAAACGACACAGCCGCUCAUUCAUUCCAGGUGUUGACAUUGUCUGAAUGUAUCUCCAUUGGCGUUUCCUCAAUGGGUAUUGGGGGAAAUACUUAAAGUGCCGCAAGUAUGUGCGCGCUGGCCAAGCACAAACAUAUCAGGGCUCAUCCCAGCCAACGUGAGGUUUGGGGAUGGCCUGCUCUGCAUUUGUCUACCUCUACCAGUCUCUGCAGGUCCACAGGUUUAGCGGAGGAUAUCUGAGGGCUCUCUUUUCUUUUUCUGAUCUAUUCUUGCAUCUAUUCAAGUAUUUAUUAUGAACCACUCGUGUGAAUUCUGUUUUUUGUUUGUUCUUCAGACCAAAUUGUUUGUAAAUGCUGCUAUCCAAUUAUUGGUUUUGUUGAAACAAUGUAUAUAUUCUUCUAAUUCUGUAGAUAUGUGUCCCAUUAAAAUGUUAUUUAAUCACGA